CUGACUGUGAAUCAGACAUCCGUAUCAAGCUGGCGAGGAUGGAGGCACUUGGCGCUGCCCUAGGGAGGUCUUCUUCUGGACUUUUUGAGUCCCUUUUGCCCCCUGCUUCCCUCCACAGAACGCCCUUUCUGCCCCCUUCUCAUCCUCUUCCCUUUCCCAAUGCUUCGGAAAACCUCUCCAAACUUAGCAAACCGCUUCUUUUACGCUGUUCGGCUGGCCCCGCACGUGCACCACCCCAUGGAAACCCCUCCGUUUGGCGCAGGAGGGAUCCCCCUGGACAGGAGACCUCUGGGAGCGAUGCCGAGGGGCACCAUCGAAGAGCACCACCCCGGCGACCCAGACCCCCCCAGCAGAUUGUGAGCAGGGAGAUAUGGACUCCAAGCGGGGUGGUUAAGGUAACCCCAAAGCCUGAUUUCCAAAGAUCACGGUCGCGGCGCCCCCCUUCAAACAGCCCUCGAAGCGCACCCCCCGAAAGGAAAGUGGACCCCGGGGCAUGGCGCCUGUACCAGGUGAAGGUGCCGCUUGACGUCGACCCGGGCAAGGAUGACAUCAGCGUGCAUUCUUUCCUGCGGGAGGAGGUGGCGCGCCGCCUGCUGUGCAAGGCAGAGAGGCUGCAGGGCGAUGUCAUAAGCAUCGUGCGGAAGUCGUUUGACGCCAGGAAGAAGGAGAAGCCCGUGUUUGUGUACAUUGUGGAUGUGAGUGCGGCGGCCGUGACUGCGGCGCACUCGAAAGCGCCGCACAAUCUGAAGAAACUGAAAAUGAAACCCGGCCUUUUCGAAAGAGCACCUGCAGACAGUGAGCAAACGACAAAGGGGCUUGAGUACGAUGUAUUGAGCAACGAGGUUGGGGAGGGAAGUUUGGAGUUGGACGGCUAUGACGAUACGUCAGACGGGGCGUUGCCGGUGCGACUGACGGGGCGCACUGCCCCCAGGUAUGUCGGGCCUAGGAAGGACCGGGACGAACUAGAGGCGGAGGAAGAAGUUGAAAGACGAGAAGAGAGCGAGGAGAGCGCCUCGAGCAGUAGGGGAGACGCAACGAGUGGAGGCAGCAUACAAAAGGAGAAAGCAAUCGUAGUGGGGAGUGGCCCUGCGGGUCUGUUUGCCGCUCUUGCCUUAGCAGAGGCGGGGAUAAAAGUAACGGUGGUAGAACGAGGUCAACCGGUAGAGAGGCGAGGGCGAGACAUUGGGGCGCUUAUGGUCCGCCGGAGUUUAAAUGCAGACAGCAACUACUGCUACGGAGAAGGGGGUGCGGGGACCUGGAGCGAUGGGAAGCUGACAACUAGGAUUGGGAAGAACAGCGAAGAGGUGCGGGAAGUGUUGAGGAAGUUGGUGCAAUUUGGGGGCCCGGAGAGGAUAUUGGUGGACGGGAAACCGCAUCUUGGGACGGACCGGCUGGUGCGAAUGCUGCGCGCAUUCCGGGAACAUCUAGAGGGGUUGGGGGUCGAGAUGCGGUUUGGCGAGAUCGUUGACGAUUUGGUCAUACAAAGCGGCCAGGUGACAGGGGCGUUAGUUCGGAAUCUGAGCACGGGAGCGUCGGAGGUGAUGUCAGCGGACAGCGUAGUCUUAGGUGUGGGCCACUCGGCUCGUGACGUGUAUACAAUGCUCGAGGGGCAUGAGGUGCACAUGGCACAGAAAGACUUUGCGGCCGGGUUCCGUAUCGAGCACCCGCAAGCGCUGAUCGACCGGAUCCAGUAUCGGGAGUGGGCAGACUCCGUGGACAGGGGCCGGGGGAAAGUCCCGGUCGCGGACUACACAUUGGCAGCGCAGGAGAGGGGGGACAACAGGAGCUGCUUCUCGUUCUGCAUGUGCCCCGGGGGACAGGUGGUCCCCACGAGUACGAACGCGGACGAGCUGUGCGUUAACGGCAUGUCGUUCUCGCGGCGCGCGUCCCAGUGGGCCAACGCCGCUCUAGUUGUCCCGGUGUCCGCGCCCGACUUCGUGGAGUUUGGAGGCGACAGCCCGCUGGCCGGAGUAGCUUUCCAGAGGGCCAUGGAGCGGCGCGCGGCCGCGAUGGGCGGCGGCAACUUUGUGGCGCCCGUGCAACGGGCGGCGGACUUUCUCGACGGCGUCCUCUCUGCCGAUCCCCUACCUUCCAGCAGCUACCGUUUAGGCGUCCGCAGCGCGCGCUUGGAUGAGCUGUAUCCGGACGUUGUGACCGCCUCCCUCCGGCAGGCGCUGCUGGCGUUUGACAAAAUGAUGCCUGGUUUCGUCAGCCCUGACGCGCUGCUCCAUGGAGUCGAGACCCGGACCAGCGCCCCAGUCCGCAUCGAGCGGGAUCCCGCUACUCUGCAGUCGGUUAGUCACCCCGGGCUGUAUCCCAUCGGUGAGGGAGCGGGCUAUGCCGGCGGCAUCGUGAGCUCUGCCGUCGACGGGAUGCGGGUGGGCAACGCCAUUGUGAGGACGAUGCGCGGCGAAGGAGCGGAAAGCAGCGAGGCGAAGGAGUCAGAGUUCGAAGCGGCCCUGGUUUGACCAAAAGCAACUAAUAGGAAUUGCUCACAGGGUUUCGAACACUGGUAGCCAAGUCAGUCUGGAGCGACGGCGAAACAGGUCCUCUCGCUUGAGGGUUCCCGCGUCUGAAGUGUCGCAAUGUAAUUUCCGGCGUUUCUUAAGCAGACCUUGGUUCUCAACAGUUGCUAGCUAAGUCUAGCUGAGUCUCCGGGUUACUUCAAACGCGUGGGUGAUACGCCCAUUUAAUGGUCGGGGAGUCACAUGCGUGGGCUGGCACGCAGCUGCUGCUACGCUACUCGGUUGUAUUGAGGAGCUCCUGAAAGACGCGCCUGUCACUAUAAGCCCUUGUAUCGCUUGGUGCC